AUGAUCCUCAGCCAGCUGACCACUCUCUUGAGCCUGCUCAGUGGGGCCUGGCCACCCACAGGCUUAGGGAGGCCUGGACCCCGAGGCCUCCCGGCUCAGCCCCAGGCUGCUGCCAAUGAGACCCAGUCUCUGGGUCAAGGGGCCCCAGCUUUCCCAGUGCCGUCCUCUGCCCUUGGCAGCUGGAAGGCCUUCCUGGGCCUGCAGAAAACUGGGCAGCUGGGGACCGGCAGGAUGCAGCACGGGCAGGAUGUGGCAUCACUGUCUCUGCCGCUGGACCCACAGGAAGUGGCCCAGGAGAUGUGCAAAGCCGUGCCCUUCACUCAAGUGCUCUCCCGGCUGGGCUGCAUGGCUGUCUACCUCCUCAAUCACCUCUGCUUUGGCCACUGCUCCUCUUUCUACAUCCCGUUCAUCCUCUGCAACAGCUGUGUGCCCGCUCACAUGCGCUGGGCACCUGUGGUCCUCUGGUGUUGGGCGGGCAGCCCAGCCUCCCGUCGCCAGGUGAAGAUGUCCACUGUGCGGAUUGAGGGGUGUCAGUGCAGACCAAAGGCAUGAGCUGAGCAUCACGAAUGGACACACAGAUGCAUGCACCUUGGAGAGACGGGGGAAGACAGGCUGAGAAAGACGCCAACCUGGACCAUGCACACUGGGUCCAGCAACCAGGGACGCAGGACAGCCAGACAGGUCUCCAGAGUCCUCACCCUGCUCCUAGGGACACCAGGCACAGCCCCACCCAUGGGGGUGGACCACUCAUAGCCAAAGUGCAUAUUUAUUGAGUACUCACUGUUUGCCAUGCCCUGCUCUAAGUCUUUGAUAAGUACUAACUCAUGUCGUCCUCAGAGCAGCCC